GCUAUUGGUUAUGGCCCAAAUUCCAGGGGUUUUCAUGGCUUAUGCGUAAAUUUAAAUGGCUUGAGGAUUGUAAAAGAUAAGACAAUAAAAUUUUGGUGGGGUUUUGUUAAUACUUAUUUCCCUUUUUGUUUUUUGUUUUGCCUCUGCCAGUAUUUGGCAGUAGCUUCGUUAUAUGAAACAAAGGAGGGCUUCUCAUCUUUUCAGAAAAGGUUUGAGCCAUUGUGCUCAAAUCUGUUUUAAUAAUUUCAGUGAAACAGUAAAGUCCCACAAGACACUUUUGGUGACUACAAAGGAGCCAUUUUCUAAAGUGCUCUGAAAAUCACUUCAUCGAUGUGCCCUAUUAUUCCUGUAAGAAUUUUGUAAGUCCUGAAGCGCUGAAUUUGAACAAUUGGCUCAGCUCCAUAAUGAAUGAAGCAGGUUAUCUGGAAAGUUUCUUCUGGAAAAAGAGGCAAAUUUCAGUGCCUAAGUUUGAGCUGAAAUUUUGAAGGUGGAGCUAAAUGUUAUCUCAACAUGUGGAUGUUCCCAAAUCUGUGUCAGGAGAUGGUGGUAAGGGUGAAGAGGGAUGCUUGGUCUGUGCCCUCUCUUCCUUCAUAGCAUUUUCUCUUAGCUGGGUUUGCUUCUAGUUUUGGAGCCUAGCUGGGGAAAACUCGGUAAUUAAAAUAAAAUACAUUUGUGGGAGGGACUAGCAAAGGAGUCUUGCCUUGGAAGGGUUAAACACCCACAAAUUGUUCCCUUCAAGCCCCUCUCCCUCAUAUUGACAUUACGUAGGAUUGGGAAUCUUGUGUUUCCCUAGGAACAUCUAGCUCCACCUUAAUUAUUUUUAUCCUAGAUCAGGGGUGGCUUCAUGGAUCAGAUCCUCAUCAGGAUCAUUUUCAGUGACCAUAUUUGACAGAUGGGCAAUGCUGUCCAUCCGUCAGUCCUGUGAUGUCAUUAUGAUGACACAUGAUGGACAGGGGGACAGCCUUGCCCACCUGUAAAAAAAAUCCCUUGUGCAGUUCUGCAAGCCUCCUCCCACCCAUUUAAACAGUCAAUUAGAAGUUUUAAAGAGGAUCGUGCAAAGACUUUGAAAGGGUUCUGCAAGUCUCCCUACUCCCCCCCCCGUAAGCACCUGAAAGGGGAGUGUGAGGAGACUUAACAGAGGCUUCAAGACAUCCCUGUGCUCUCAUUCUGAACUCUGAAGGCUGAAAUGUGAGCUUUCCUUAAGCUAAGGUUACCAGACGUCCCCGUUUCCCGGGAGCAGUCCCCAGAUUUACAAAUCAGUCCCCAUACGAAAUCCAUUAAAGUUGAAAAGUGUCCCUGGAUUCAUAAAAAAAUAAUCUGGUAACCUUACCUUAAGCCUGCCUUUAAAUGUGAUGAUUUUGUUAAAGCGCUUUGUAAAAGUGCUGUUUGAAACAGCUUGUGCUGCUUCUUUGCUGUGGGCUGCAGAUGCUGCCACCCACCCUUUUCUGCUUGCUGAAAAGAGAACUGUGAACUGUUUCAAACAGCACUUCUGCAAAGAGCUUUAAUUCCUGCUCAUCAGCUGAGUGGGGAUUCAGUCCUGCUGCCUGCUGAUAGCAGCAGGUGGGCGUGGCUUGAGGGAAAUGGUUUCGCAGGCCAUAUUGGACACCCUGGUCAGCCAGGAUUGGCCCAAUGGUGAGAGAGUUCCCACCCCUGCCCUAGAUUAUGUGGGAUUUGUGGGAUUUUAAUUCUUUCCACUGUUUCCUAGUUGCCAAGGAAUAGCUCUGGACAAAUGAUGAAUGCAGCUUCCUCGCAACUUUGCUUCUAAAGUAAUCCCCCAAGUAUCCAAGCAAACUCCUUAGAUACGCCUGAGCCCCAGGGCUUUCCUUGUUAUAAAUGCAGCACUUAACUGUAGGAGAAAACCUUUUUAUUUUCUUUAACCGUUGUACAAAUAGCUGACACUGAAUUGCUGCAGUACUUUCCCCUCCACCUACAUUAAUUUUUGACCAUUUUGAUUUUCUUUUCAAAAGAUGAGACAUUAUGCUUGUUGUGUUUUCUCCCUACAUGCACUAAUGGUUCCUUGCUGUUUUAACCUGUUGCUAGGCCUGUUCCAUUCUAACAUCUUAGUACUUCUGUUAGCUUACAUGUGAAAUGCAUCACCCAGUUUGUGCUUGAGCUCAUUUUAUUUUAUAUUUUAAAUUCCUUUUAAUUGGUUAAUAUUUUCAAUUUGUUUUGUAUUUUUUUUACUAACCUCACUGUAUAUUUUCAGUUUAACAAUUGGCUGCAUGCUAAUAUAUCUAUAUAUAUAUACACACAUAUAUGUAUAUUAUAUAUCUCUUGUUAUAUAAUAUAUAUAUUAUAAUUGAUUUAUUUUUAUUUUUAAAGAAAACCCAAUCAAGUCUAGCCUGGAUUUUGCUCUGAUUGUGUUUUGGUUUCUAGUGGUGGGGGCAAGUCUGACACUUAACAACUUAACUUGGUCUCUUUAAAGUCUGACACACAAACAAGUUAAAAAAAAAAAGCAGACUAAGCACAUCCGUUAGUUUUUCUUUGCACAAAUCAAGUGGUGCUCUCUAGGUGAUGGAUAUGAUUGUAUAAAGUAGCUUGAUUUUAUGCUUUUUAAAUGUCAUUUUUUUAUUUUCUCCCCCAUUGCUUCCCCUCCCCUUGUUAUGCACAAAAGUUGCCCAGCACACCAUCAGAAAGUGUGAUGACCCUCCCUGAAACCCUGUUCCUGUGGAAAAAUCUUGCCAGCAGGAUAAUAUUGGACACCGCUUGCUACAGAAGCAUGGCUGGAAGCUGGGCCAGGGCUUGGGGAAAACUCUCCAGGCAUAAUGAUCCGGGACUUGUUGUGGUGAUGGUAAACUUAGUGGAAGGACAGAUCCCAUCCCGAUUGUCGUCAAAUAUGAUGUCAUGGGCAUGGGACGGAUGGAAAUGGAACUUGAUUAUGCCGAAGACGCCACAGAACGGAGGCGGGUCUUGGAAGUGGAGAAGGAAGACACCGAAGAGCUGAGACAGAAGUACAAGGAUUAUGUGGACAAAGAAAAGGCGAUUGCCAAGGCCCUUGAGGACCUUCGAGCAAAUUUUUACUGUGAGCUCUGCGAUAAGCAGUACCAGAAGCAUCAAGAGUUUGACAACCACAUCAAUUCCUAUGACCACGCCCACAAACAGAGGUUGAAGGAUCUCAAGCAAAGGGAGUUUGCUCGCAAUGUUUCCUCGAGAUCCCGGAAAGAUGAGAGGAAGCAGGAGAAAGCCCUCCGUCGUCUCCACGAGUUGGCUGAGCAGAGGAAGCAACCUGAAUGUGCUCCAGGAAGCGGGCCGAUGUUUAGAACCACUACUGUGGCAGUAGACGAGGAAGGAGGAGAGGAGGACAUCGAUUCAGCAGCUCCCAGCAGUUGCUCUUUUUCACCAGCUCCUGGGCCAGUUGCCAGUAUGACCACAGACAAGGGUCUUGUUUGUGCCACUGGGCAAACUAGUAGCAACAUCGGGCUUGGGCAGGUGCCUGUCCAGGUACCGCAAGCCAUCAGCUCAGGGGUUAACCCUCUUAAGAUAGGCGUGUCUUUCUCAUUUGCCAAAAAAGCCCCAGUGAAACUAGAGUCAAUUGCCUCCGUCUUCAAAGACCAUGUUGAUGAGUCCAGUUCUCCCGAUGACGAAGUCAAAGCGGAUGAGAAAGCCCAGCCCGAUCCUGGAGCCUUGGGGAAAUUUGGGGAGGUCGAGGGGACAAACAGCCCUGACAGCAAAGGCGACGAAGAGGAGCAAGCGCACGAGAAGGAGGGUCUAAACACCACCCUGUCGAAGCUGAAAAAGAUGAAGCGAGACGACGGCCCCAUGGCACUAGAGCCAGAGUAUUACCACUACAUCCCGCCUGCUCACUGCAAGGUGAAGCCGAACUUCCAGUUCCUGCUGUUUAUGAAGGCCACAGAACAAGUCGAAGCAGAGGCCAUGAGCAAGAAAAUGGCUCGCGAAAGGAAGCGGAGCAACUCCCCAAAACCCAAAGCGGCAAAGAAUGGUGAGAAGGUGACAGCAGUAGAGUGUGCCACCCACCAGAAGGAACCGAGUCCUUCCAGCAAAGGCAGCAAAACUGAAGUUAAAGACCCUCCAGAAGAGACAAGCGGGCAGGAAGGCAAGCCACUUAAGGGAAGCAGUUCUACGGAGUCCGAGGUCGCCAAAGAGCUUCCUCAGCUUGCGUCAACCAGUAAAGAAGGCACAGACGGGCCUAAGCAUUUGACAGGACCUUUCUUCCCAGUGCUCAGUAAAGACGAGAGCACCACCCUCCAGUGGCCUUCAGAACUGCUGAUCUUCACCAAAGCAGAGCCCUCUGUGUCGUACAGCUGCAAUCCCUUGUAUUUUGACUUUAAGCUGUCUCGCAACAAAGACAUUAAAGCGAAAGGGGCGGAGAAACAGAAAGCUGCAAGCAGCCUUCCCAAGGAGAAAGCACCAUCUGCUGAAGAGGGCAGCCUGAGCAAGAGCAAAGAGGUGGGCACUCCUGCGGGCACCUCCACAGCAGUGCCGGAGAGCAAGUCCCUGUCUGUCUGCAGCAAGCAGGAGUCCAAUCCUGUGUCAGCUGGCAAGGGCGAGGGGCCAGAAGACAGCAGCAAAGGCGGCCUUGUUGGCCGCAAGGACAAAGUGGGGAAAUCCCACAAGCACAAGAAGAAGAAGAAGCACAAGAAGUCCACGAAACACAAACGCAGGCGCAAAGGCGAGACAGAAGACAAAAGCAGGGAUGGGGACCUGGCAGAAGAGAAAUCCAAGAAGCGGAAGAAACACAAACACAAAAAGAGCAAGCCGUCCUUUGCCACGGAGCUGGAGCGGACGCAAGGGGCCGACGAAACUGGCCACCUCAAGAAAAGAAAGUGGUGCGCUCAAGACUCUCAGCGGAAGUCUCUUUCCACCGAAGAAAGCGGCAACAAGAAAGAGGACGGUGGCACCUCUUCCCAAGAUCACGGUGGCAAAAAAACCAAAGGGGACCCGCAGCAGGCGUCAUCCACCGCCAAGAGGCGGGCCUCCACCUCCGCCCACUCCAGCCACAGAGGCCGGCAGAGCAGCGGUGGCUACGAGAGCGACGAGGACUCCUGCCACAAGCACUUCCGGCAGAAGUCUGCUUCGCAAUACAGCGACGAUUACGACUCUGGCAGCAACUGUUCCCGAAGCCGCUCCCGGUCAGGGCGUCGGCAUUCCUCCCGAAGGUCAUCCCAGAGGUCCUACUCAACGAGUUCAUAUGCCUCCUCUGACAACAGCCGGUACAGCCGGCGGCGCAGCUACUCGGAAGACAGCUACAGUGACUACAGCGACCGCUCUCGGAGCCGCACCAAGCGCUCCCACGACUCUGAGGACGAUUCUGACUAUGCCAGUUCCAAGCGCAGGUCGAAACGGCACAAAUACUCCUCUUCGGAAGACGACUACAGCCUGAGCAGGAGCAGAUCCCGGAGCCGCAGCCGAACCCACACCAGGGGGAGGUCGAGGACGAGAAGCCGGGGCAGGACGCGCAGCAGCAGCUGUAGCCACAGCCGGGGCAAGCGGCGGAGCCGCAGCCGGACUGGGCACAGCUGGAAACGGAGCAGGAGCUACAGCCGGGAGCGCAGCCGGAGUGCCAGGAGCCUCUCCCAGCGGUCUCUCUCCAGGAAGGGGUCCCGUGGCCACGAAAGCCCUGGGGAGAGGAGAUCCGCACGGCGAGACUUUAUCCGCUCAAAGAUCUACCGCUCCCAGUCCCCCCACUACUUCAGAGGCAGACCAGGGGAAGGGCCCGCAAGGAAGGAGGAAGCGAGAGGCGAUGAAGCGACAGGGACCACCGCCAGCCUCUCCCAAAACAGCGGCAACUCCAGCUUGGGGAGCAACUGCAGCUCCGAGGAGAAGAACUCGGCCACGGCUAAGCUCCUCCUGGAAAAAGUUCAGUCCAGGAAGGUGGAGAAGAAGCCCAGCGGCAGCGAGGACUCCCCCUCAGGGCCUCACAAGGUUGGGAUCAAGCUGAAAGAUCCCCCGCAAGGCUACUUUGGCCCUAAGCUCCCUCCCUCCCUAGGCAACAAGCCAGUCCUUCCCUUGAUCGGGAAGCUGCCCACAGUCCGGAAGCCAAACGCCAAGCAGUGUGAGGAGUCUGGGUUAGGAUUGGGGACCGGGGAGGAGCUGGAGCUGUCUGAGCUCGACGAAACCCCCCAUGAUGGCGGGGAGGCAGCUGCAGCAAGCCAACCCACAGUGGACGAAACCCUGGUGACGGAGACCCAGGAGAGCCUUCUGGGAGAUCAGAAGCCAGAAGAAGCAGGCGUGGAGAUGGCUCCCAUGCCCCUGGAGCCGCCAGCCCUCCCGGAACACUUUGGACCCGGCGACCUGCCCGUGCCGCACCCAUUCCCUGCCCCCGCGGAAAGCGAAGCCGCCGAGCCUCUGGACGGCAGCGCCCAGCCCGUCUCCCUCGAAGGCAGGAUGGUGCCGCUGGCCCCUGAAGUGGAGCCCUUCCCUAGCUACGUCCCACACAGCGCGGAGCCGAGCAUCAGCGGGGAGCCGGAAGGCAGCGAAGACUCUUCCCUGGCGCCACUGGAAAGCCAGCCCAUCACCUUCACCCCGGAGGAGAUGGAGAAGUACAGCAAGCUCCAGCAGGCCGCCCAGCAGCACAUCCAGCAGCAGCUCCUGGCCAAGCAGGUCAAGGCAUUCCCAGCCUCGGCCGCCCUGGCUCCAGCCACGGCUCCUGCCUUGCAGCCCAUCCACAUCCAGCAGCCAGCCGCAGCCGCAGCCACCUCCAUCACCACCGUGCAGCACGCCAUUCUGCAGCACCACGCUGCCGCCGCGGCCGCAGCCAUUGGCAUCCACCCCCACCCUCACCCCCAGCCUCUUGCUCAAGUGCACCAUAUCCCUCAGCCCCACUUGACCCCCAUCUCCUUGUCCCACUUGACCCACUCCAUCAUCCCAGGGCACCCCGCCACCUUCCUGGCCAGCCACCCCAUCCAUAUCAUCCCCGCUUCUGCCAUCCACCCGGGUCCUUUCACUUUCCACCCCGUCCACCACGCCGCCCUCUACCCGACCCUCCUGGCGCCCCGGCCAGCGACAGCGGCAGCCACGGCGUUGCACCUCCACCCUCUCCUGCACCCCAUUUUCUCAGGACAGGAUUUGCAGCACCCUCCCAGCCACGGCACAUGAAAGAACGAGAGAGGCAGCCUCUAUCGGGGAGGGGAGGGUUAGGGGAAAGAGAGGACAGGGGCAUGUCUGUCUGUCUCUGUGCGUGUGCAUCAGUCUCUCUCGUUCUCGGGAAGGCGGUGGCUGUCUCUGGACCUGAGAACAGCCCAGGAAGGGGGAGGAUUGGGCAGAGGCAGGGAGGCUCGAGGGAACAGGCCUGUGGAAGAUGGGAGAGCUGUGCUGCUGGUGCUUUGCUUGUAAGGAUGUUCAAGGGCUCGUGCGCCCAGGGAGGUGGCUUCUUCAGGGAUGUGCAGUCCUUUAGCAAAUGCAGCCCUUUUUAAUUUCCAAGUCACGUAGUAUAAAUCAUUUACUACCCACUCUGAAGACCUAAAGUGGGUAUACACAUCUAUCUUAUUUGGGCAACGAUAUCAAGUAUAAAGCGUGAAAGUUAGUGAUUUGAAUCCACCUUAAAGCUUAACCCGAGCAACAGAACCAAGAAAUACUCAGCACUUGAUCCAUCAUCUCCUCUGUUGCCCUCUCCCCUCUCUCCAGCUCCUAUUCGGGGAACCAUGUUCAGCAGUCCCCACUGAGCACCACAAACUGGGAAGUUGCUUUUCAGUGACCAGUUUCCACCCCCCAGACCAGCUUGGCAGUGCUCUCCUUCCUACACACCCUUUACGGCGCUGCUGAGAGAGCAGAGAGCAAUUCCUUGAUCAGUCCUUGAAGCAAUAUGUUGUACUGGAGUCCUGUGAACAUCCUGAACAUGACUCUGUAACUUGUACUCUUUUCCUCUGUAAUAUUGAUGGUUCCUUAUUAACUUAUGAUUUUUUUUUCAGAAGAAGAAAAAAAAAGAAUUUAAGAAAUUGCACUGAACUCUGUACAUGUCAAUGCUGCUUUUUGUAGCUCCUCUGACAAAUGUUCCAUAUUGAUAGUAUACCGCAAUAACAUUUUUUACAGCCCGUUCUUUGAGUGGUACUCGUUCAGGUGGCUUUAGUUAUCUAUACAUUUUAACGUAGUUGGAAAGGAAAUUCUUGUCAAAGGUUCAAUGCUUCUAGUUAUGGCUAGGGCACAAAAUGAUUUCAAGCAUGUAUAUUUUAAUUGAGCUCAUUUUUUUUAAACGUACCAUAAAAAAAGACUUUCAUUUUAUAGGAGAAAAUGUCACAGGGUUCGGAAAUAAACAAAGGAGCAGUGAUCUGGACUCCUUUGUCCCUUAGCUAACAAAGUCCAUCCUGUGUAAUGACAUCUCUAGUAAUUUCUGUGAAAAGGCAGGUUUGUGAGGCAGCUGAGGUGUCAUUCACUGUGUGCUUCAGUCGGUAGCCAGGCCCCUUAAGUUUGAGAGAAACAGUCCGUUCGUUUGGCAAAGCAAACAGUCGCUUUCUGGUCGCAGGAAUAGAUGGGACCCACCAAAAAACAACAACACCUGAGAGCCCAGCUAUUUUCCCUGGGAUUCAACCACUUGUUUUGAGUCAUUGCAGCAACAACAUAGCUUCUAGGUGUGGAUGGGUGUGUGUGUGUGUUAAGACUCCUUGUUUUCAAAUAUGUGCCUUUUUUAUGUUUUGGAGAGGCUUUGAGUGGUGUGUUUUCGUUCCGAAUCCCUUUCCUUCCCCCCCCUUGGGGUUUUCUUCUAUGGGAUGCCCUUUCCUCACAACUGCCCCUUGUCACCCAGUUGCAGCUCCCCAGGGUGCGGCCCCAAAGUGAACUAGGAAGCGGGGGCUCCCCGAAUCUCAAGGUUCUUUUGCUGAGUGCAAAAGGAGGCCGAGAUCCUGCAAAGCAGCGGCUGUUUUGGGACACGUGUCCAGACCCAAAGGGCACGCUACUUGCUUGUAUAUCCUGAGAUGCGGCCUCCAUUUUCAGAAAUUCAGAAAUAACCACUGCUGGCUGCUGCCCUGAAAUGGCAAGACUAUGGACUGCUUUCAAGCUUCCUUACCCUUGGCUACAACGAGACAAGCACUGGAAACUGCUGCUGUGACAAAGGGACUCGGUUCUUGGUAGUGGCUGUAGAUAAUUCAAGAAGUAACAGUAUUAAUUUCUCAGUGCUUCAUUCCCCUGAGGUCCAGACGGGAGACACGGCGCCCCAGCAGGGAGGAGGAGACUGGACUUCCACAAGAGUGCUUACCACAAAAGAGAACGCACUAUUACUUCAGUAUCGGCAGGCUAUAUUUAACUUUUGUCACAUAAAAAGUAUAUAUAUAAAUAUAUAUACAUGCUGUAAAAAUGAGGAAAAUAAACUUUCUAAUAAACUAGUAAUUUGGGGGAAA